AGAACUUAUUGAUUACGAAUGUGUAUUUUUGAUUAGCGCGACGCCUUUUAAUGCAGUCUGAGAAAGUAUCUUUACUAGCCAUCAAAAUGCGCACACAUUGGACCGCCAAUUAAGCACGGCUAUAAUCAAAUAUUUGCGCUGCUAUUUAUCCACCCGCUUUGAACCCACACCAUUGUCGUAAACACGGCAUUUAUUUUGGGGGCUUUUAUUGUCUCGGCAUCCGUCACUGUUUACCUUUUGGUCAUUGCGCUGUAACCGUAAAGAAAUGUGCAGGUUCAUUUCAAUAUAAUUAGCAGCCCAAUGCGUCUUUAAGAAUCCAUAACGGCGAUUUACAGCUACGCUCGUAUCCUGCAUUGAUACACAUGCUCUGACAGGUCGUUUAUAUAUCGCGCAGCGAAAAUUAAUACAACAAAUACUCGUAUUCCUUGGAAAGCGAUACGUCCAAUGACAACACCGUCUGCUGUGUUUUAAAAUAAGCAUAAACGCCGGGAUCAGCGUUUACCUGGGGCGCAGUCACGUAUCGUGUAAUGCGAUACAAAAAUAUACGGCAUGUGUUUGUUUACAAGUUGUAAAAGGAGUCGGCGAUAAGAGCGACACAUCGACCGUGAUGCGAUAGUGCCACUCACGGCAACAUUUAUUAGCACAGCUGGAACAACCACACAAUUAACGCUAUCAAUUAAAGGCACCUGUGCGAUAUGAUAACACACAGCAGGCGCCGUAUGCUGAUUGGCUGGAUCCCAUCGAUUUCUCGUAAGAUUUUUCACAGCAGCGUGGUGCUCGUACGAGUGAUCAGCCGUGCAGCGCCGGGCGAACCUUGCCAACGCUAAUGAGGCAUUGUCGAGCAGCGGUGCGUACAUUUCGACUGUCUUUACACUCGGUGAUUAGCAUAGACAGGCAAAUCUUAAAGCCGGUUCGUACAAGUUGUACGACAGCUCUACUCUUCACUCUCUCUCCGCUCUCUCUCACUUUGCAUUCAGCUGGGUCGAGGUCACAUCUUGGUUGAUGGUGAGAGAAUGGCCGAGUCAGAAAGCCAAAAACAGACGAGAUCACAUUAAUGCUGAGAGAGACCCAGCUCUCGCCUGAAUAUAUCCUUCAGCAGACGUUUGAAUAAACACGCCAGCCUUGCUUGACGAGUUUUCCGCAACUGGCAAUGGCCGCCGUGUAUCCACCAGGAAACGCCAUACAGGAUAUUUAAAAUUAAUAUUAAUUCCUCCAAUUUUCUAUCAUGUUAUCGGAAUCUCCUGCGGCGACGGCGGCCGAUCAUCUGCGCUUCCGCUCCGCUGACCGCCGGCCGCCGGCGCUGCGCCCCGCGGGCGGGGGCGCGGGCGGCGCCCACUCCAACACCAUGCCGGGGAUUAAAGCGGCGGCCGAUAAGUACGAGCGCUUCCUGGAUGAUAUGGAGCUGGAGUUCGGGCCGGGGAUUGUCGACCGGCUGAAGAGCAAGUUUGUGGCGGGGGCCACGGGGGCUGCCGUGCCCGUCGGCGCGUCCUACCUGCAGCAUGUCGCAGGUCGCAGUGGUGGUGAUCCAAUGCGGCGUGAUUCGCGCGACACCAGAAUGAUCACAUCCAGUGUGUUAACGCAGAAGCUCCUCGCCAACGACAACCUGGUGAUAAUCGAACGCACCACAACCGCCGCGUCACAUCCCCGUCCCCCCCAGACCGCCAGCCAACUGGCCGUCCAACUGGUCCACAACAGUGAGUGCAUCGAGGGAUUGGUGUCGCAGUACAAGGCCAUGUUCGAGAAGGACGACCACGCCGUGCCCGUGGGGCGCCGCAAACGCGGGGCCAAGGAACAGGAGACCCCCUCGCCGCCCCUGGUGAUGGCGGCCCCCCGCGGGCCACCGCCCCCGCUGCCCUUGAGGAUGCAGCCCCCCACCCCUCCGCCGCGACCGCUGAGGAAGGCGCUGCUGGAGAGCGCCAAGAAGCCCAGUGGGGAGGGCUUCCCGAAUCCGCUCCCGGGGGUGGUGGAGGGGAGUAGCGUGGAGAAGAAGGAGGAUGUGGUGGAUGCGGUGACUAAUGGAGGGCGACCGCAUGCAACGCUGCCAGUGUUGAAUGCUCAGGAUGGGCCCGGGAAGAAGCCUGUUGGGGAAUCUGUGCAAAUUCGCCCCGCCCCGCCGGUGGCGCCCCGCCCCCUGCAGUUAAAAUCCCCCUUCGUCCCGUCGCCGCCGCAACUGGCCCCCGCCACCGAACCGGCCAAAUCACCGCAACCAAAGCCGGUAACGACGCUGAACCGUCCCAUCAGUCCGCUGCGCAAACUGGACAAACUGGACACCCUCCCGCCGCCCUUGCCGCUCACCACGCCCCCGAAACUCCCCGCGGAACUGCCCAAACCCCUUUCCUCCCCGCCCAAACCCGUCGCCGACCCGGUGGUGCCGCUCAAACCACUCCCGGACCCUCCGACACCCCCGAAAGUCCUGCCUCCGGGAUCCCCGCCGAAAUCGAGUCCCGCGGAGCCGAUGGCGCCGCUCCGAGCGUUCCCGGAUCUUCCGACGGUGCAAAACAAUGUAUCUUCGGGUUCCCCGCCGAAAUCGAGUCCCGCGGAGCCGGUGGUACCGCUUCGAGCGUUUGUGGAACCUCCAGCGGUGCAGAAGACCAUCGUGCCGGGUUCCCCGCCGAAAUCGAGCCCUGCGGAGUCGGUCCGAGUGUUCCCGGACGCGUCGACGACCUCGAAGACGAUUUCCCCGGGGUCCUCGCCGAAAUCGAGCCCUCCGGAGCCGGUGGCGCCGGUCCGACCAUUCCCGGACGCAAAAGCUCAAUCGCUGAGCUCCGCACCGAAACCGUCCGCCUCGGUGCCCCUCCGCCCCUCUUGGGACCCCCCGGCACCCGUCAAACCGCUGUUGCCAGCCUCCCCGCCCAAGACGGCCGUCACCGAGCCCCUGAAACCCUCCAACGAGGCCAAACGCAGCCUGCACGACUCCCCGGAGGCCGGCCGCGCCCUGGACGCCCCCCGCACGGACGCCCGGCCCCCCGAGAAGGUGGCCAAGGUGGAGAAGGGGCGCGGAGAGGCGGAGAAGGAGAACGUGACCCCGCCGGCGCUGAAUCUGCGGCUGGGGUUGAAGAAGACGGCCAACUACGGCAUGACGACCAUCAUCGACACCCGAUCGCGGCCCAUCGAGCCGGUACAAUCGGCGCUGAAGAUUGAUGAUCCGUCCUUGUUGACAUCGCUCAAGGAUUUAGGUUCCCCCGGGCGCAGUCUGUCCAGCCGCGGGGACACCGGCAGCGGUGACCUUUCCUACGAGUUAGAAAUGGAGACGGUGCGCAUGAUCGUCAUCGGGCACAACGUCCCCACGGGGAGCAAGAGCAGUCUGCGGACGAGCAGCACAGCGCGCUCCGUCAAGCAUCUGCGCAUCACCUUCAACGACCAGGCCACCACCACGCACGAGUACCCCUCGGAGCGCUCCCUCGACCGGCUGACCAUUGACAGCUAUUCCAGCAGCCAGUGCGUCAUCAGUCUGGACAGCGCUGACGACGCGGAGGACGGCCGAGAGACCGACACGGACGCCGUGGAGGACAACGGGGACGAGGAGGAGCAGCGCCGCAUGGAGGCCCAGGUGCCCACCCGCGAGGGCGAUCUCCUGCGCAAAGCCAAGGCGCUGGCCAAUUACAAGGUGGGAGCGGAGAAAUCCUUCGCCCUGGGCGUCGAACGGCCCUCCUUCGCUGACGUCCCCGUCGCCGGCCCCGCCACCACCCCGCGGAGCCCCGCGCCCCGCCCAAAGCCCCGCAGUGGUGCUUCCAGACCGCCGACGACGGCAGUUUCUCGCACACCACCUCCGACGCCGACGACCUCCUCUUCUAACCCCCCCACCCCUAAAAUCAGCGUUUUUGUUACAGUAAUUACGAGGUUGUGUUUUAAUUACCGCCGCGAUGGAGAGCCGUGUGGCCGGCUUUCCGCUUUCACUCGGCUACUCAGUUAAAAUGGGACGCUGCUGGUUUAUGUGAUGGACGAGGGAACGCGGAUGACUGGUUCCCAGUGGUUGUUGGGUUUGUUUUUUGAUACCGUGCUGCUAGUUUUUUUCAGACUGUGUGUCUGGCCUCUUUUGUUUUUCCUUCCUCUCGCACUCUGACCGGGAUAUCUUUUGUCGCCGUGUUUUUUUUGUAGCCUGUAUAUUUUUCCGGCAAUUAUCGUGACCGCUCAGCCGCGUUUUUUUUUAUUAAUUCGCGUUACGAAUAAAACUAUCC